AUGCUUUCAGCUUGUACAAGCGAGCCCCUCUUAGAGGGUCUCAAUCUGAUUGAAAAGAGAUGGAAACGGGACACUUCAUAUAUGUCCUUGGAUCCUAGAUACGACUCUUUAUGGAACGAGACAGGGCAAUCAGCGCUAAUAUUUGAUGAUCAAGGGAGUGUCGUCCAAAUAACGAUGUUCCAUCAGCUCCAUUGCCUCGCAUCAUUACGGAAGGCUUUGCAAGAAGCUAGCAAUGGACAGGACAUCGGUAUAGACCAUACAGCCAACACACACUGGCCGCAUUGUAUGCAUUUUUUGAGAGAAGCUGUUAUUUGCAGUGCAGAUGGGACGCUUGAGCGUCCCGGUUACUACCCCAAUGGUACCGGGCAGACAUUUAUCAAUGGGUAUGGAGAUAUACGUUAUUGUCGGUCAUCGGAAGAACUCUACAGAUUAAGGGAGACCAAUCGCCUGUACACAAGUAGUGGGGUUCUAGCUUCCUACACCUAG